AUGGGAACAGUAGUUAUUGGUAGGUGUUAAUGUUAAUGCUAUAUAAACUAUAUUUCAUGUGAUUGCACAUGCUAAGAAAAUGAACUAAGAACAGAAAGCAGAACUAAUCGAUUUACUGAAAAUGUUAAUAAGAGAAAUAAAAAAAAAAAAUCGCCUGGUGAUUCUACAGAAAGACUUUCAAGAUUUUCCUCCACAAGAAAACCAUCUAGCAGAUCAAGCUCCUUACGUUCAAAAUACUUGCAAUCUAAUGAAUGUAAUAUUGAAACAGAUGAGUCUUCGUAGGCAAGAAUGAAAAGAAAACCUAAAUUUAAUCCAUCAUUUGUAAAGACCUCUAAAUAUUAUAAUUUUGGGGAAUACACUUUAAAAAGCCAAUCUGUACUACCUCAACAAUCGAUUAUUGGAUAGAAAAAAAAUGCUUAAAGUCCAAUAGUUAUGUAAAAUGAAAGAAGAAAUCAACCGUUUAAAACUGAUGAUAACAAAAAGGAAGAGUAAUAUGAAUAUAGACCUUUUCAAAAGGCCAAUAAGUAUUAACAACUAUUUUUUAAAUGA